CUUAAAAGGGGGCGGGGCUUCCGCUGGUUGAAGCGUAAACAAGUUAGCCGCUAGCUCGUCCUGCUAACUUCUCAUCACCAUAAGGGUUGUAAAAACCUCGACAAGCAGCUCGCAGCCGCAGAAGCAUGACGGCCUCCGCUCUGCCCCUCUCCUCGCUGCGCCUCCUGGUCCCUCCCCUCCGCCUGCUGACAGCAGCCAUGUGGCAGGUCGCGCGGCAUCAGAGCGUAAAGCAUUACGGGAUGCUGGGGGACUUCGUCUCCAUGGUGACUGAGGCUGUCCCGGAACUGCUGACCAACAGGCAGAGGAGUCUGCUGCUGCUGGCUCUCAGGGCCAAGGUGACCCUCUCCAACCCAGAUGCACCUGCUGGCCCCGCCCACAUGGAGGAGAUCCGCUCUGUCUCCAGGGAGGUGGCGGAUGAAGUCCUGGAGGAGUGUUGCUCAGCUCUGUUGUCUCUCAGUGCCGCAGUGACACAGAGUCCGGGUGAGGCGCAGCGCCUCCUGCAGGAGGUGUUCGACCAGAACUUCGACUCUGCCCUGCAGUCCCUCGUGUCCGACCUGCUGUCCCGCAUUGAGCAGCUGUUCCCCAUCCCAGACUUCAAGCAGGCUGCCUGUUGGCUCGAUGCUGCCCCCUCUGGUGUGGAGGACUGCCUGCUCGAGGCACACAGGGCGGAGCUCCGGCAGCUGCUGACCGAUCAGAGCUGCUCCCUGGAACGAGCCGCGACCGCAGUGGGCGGAGACUCAGAGAAGACCCUCCUCUCUGUGUGGUCCCAUCCACUCUUCACCAGACUGACCAAUCCCGAGCGUCCUGACUGUGCCGACGCCCGAUCGGACGCUCCACCGGACGCGGAGGCGGUGCUGGCGAAAGGCGAGGAGGCGACCGAUCGGGCCGAGGAGGAGGCGUCCAAUGACGGCUCAGCAGAGGGCAGAGAGCAGCGGGUGGGGGUGGACAGGUGGACGGACUCGCCUGGAGACAGAGUCCACCAAUCAGAAGACACAGUCGGCCAAUCGGAUCACGCUGAGGUCACAGCCAGUGCUCUGCAUAGCAUUUCCCAUAAUUCCCAGCGUGUGGCUCACAGGUGUCCUCGCUGUGGGAAAUGUUUCAUCUACCGCUCUCAGGUCAUCCGACACCUGCGCACCAACAGGACCUGCCGCCCGUCCGCCGCCGCCGCCGCCUUCCAGGAGCUCCGCCCCCCUGAGCCCCGGCCCGUCAGAGCGCACUCCUGCUUCCAGUGCAGCGCCGUCUUCAGGAGCAAGGCCGAGCUCCUGUCGCACCAGCGCGUGCACCGCACCCGCCCCACUUACCGCUGCAGCCACUGCGACAAGGAGUUCCACCACCUGUCCAGCCUGACCAACCACCGGCAGACGCACCUGGGCAAGGCCGGCUUCUCCUGCCGCCGCUGCCACCGGGUGUUCGAGUCGGCGAAGGAGCGCGACGCGCACCGGGCGCAGCACCGGCCGGCCGGCCUGGCCUGCACCGUCUGCACGCAGGCGUUCGCCUCGCAGACGCAGCUGCUGCGCCACAUGCAGACGCAUUCGGUGGAGGGCGCCGAGCCCACAUACACCUGUCGCCACUGCGAGCUCAGCUUCUCGGGAGUGACCCAGCUCCGUAUCCACCAGCGCACACACACCUUCCGCUCGUACCAGUGCGACCAGUGCAGCAAAACGUACGGCUCUCUGACCGGCCUGCAGUCCCACCGGGCCAGCCACUCGGCCGACAGCCGCUUCCUCUGCUCGCAGUGCGGCAAGCGCUUCAAGACCCGCGACGGCCUGGAGGGCCACCUGCGGACGCACACCGGCGAGCGACCCUACCGCUGCCCCUACUGCCCCAAGGACUUCACGGCGCUCGCCGGCCUCAACGUGCACGUGCGGCGGCACACCGGCGAGCGGCCGUACGUGUGCUCGGUGUGCGGUAAGGGCUGGCCGUCUGGCGGCGACCUGCAGAAGCACAUGAGGACCCACACGGGCGAGCGGCCGUACGUCUGCCAGGACUGUGGGAAGGCCUUCUCCAUCUCCUGCCACCUGACCGAGCACCGCCGCAUUCACACGGGAGAAAAACCGUUCUCGUGUCCGGACUGCGGGAAAUGUUUACGCAGGAAGUUCGACCUGAAGAAGCACAUGUUGUCCCACAGCAACGUGCGACCUCACGGCUGCAGCUUCUGCCCCAAGAGCUACACCCGCAAGACUCAUCUCAACCGGCACCUGCUGACCCACGGCACGGCGCACAGCCAGGAGGCGGCGGGAGCCCGGGAGGAGGAGGAGGAGGCGGCGGCGUGACGUUGAGAGAAGAGGCCGUGUGGAUCCACACACGAGCUGACUGAACUCUGUCCCAGUCCGUCUCAGAGAGACUUACCAACACGUGUGUGAAGCUCGCUGCUGCUGCUGUUCUCUCUCUGAUAAAACACACUGUCACGCAGUCUCACUCUGUUGUUCUUGCAGGGGUGCGUCACUUUAAUGAUCCGUGAGGUGAGCGCAGUGGUUACCGUCACACUUUUAUUGCCAUCCUCUCCCAUCUCUGGGUGUGUUUGGUUGCCGGGUUUUCAACCUCACAAUAUAAACAUUAGA